AUGCUUUAUGAAUUAGUGGCUUUGGCUCGUUCCACCUCACCAUACUACACUGCUGCUUCCUAUAAAGACGCCAAAGAUGUUGCCUUCAACUUGGGGUCUUUGAUUAUAAAAAAUAGAGGUGUUGUCAGAGAUGUGUAUUCUCUCGGUGUUGGUUCGUUGCCAAAACGUAUGAGAAAGAACCAAGAAUGGUACUUUCAAGGUGCAGCCUUUUCUAUUUUGUUUGAUAGUUCCAUUGGUGUCCAAAAAGAAAUAUUGAGAUCAUUGAAACUCGACCCAAGAAUAUUGAGAUCAUCUAUAUUCAGAAUUAAAGAUGGAAAAGGAUUGACCGGUCAAUCCUUUAUUGAUUCGGUAUCAAAAGUGCAAUAA